CUGCAACCAUUUGCAAAACCCUUGGGAGAGCCAUGGUAGCCAUGCCUCCGUCUCUUUGGCGAGCCAUGAGAGCCGCCGGCCGUUGCAGCGGUGGUGUCCUCCUGACCCUCCCGCUUCCGUUCCUCCGAGCUCCCAAGGGGCGCUGGCUUUCAACACAAGACUUGGAGAGCCUGAGUGUGGCGGAGCUGCGGCAGUUGGCAGCGCAGCGCAGCGUUUCAACCUCCGAUUGCUUUGAGAAACAGGAUUUGGUCCAGAAAUUGAGGGCAAGUGAUGGCGCCAAUGCCAAAGCUGAGGGAGAUGCACCAGGCCAAUGUGCUCCGCAGUCGACUUUGACCUCCAAGUCUGUCUCAGAGCUGCGAAACAUCAUCCAUAAGGCGAAUCUCAGCUCAGAAGAUCUUUUGGAGAAGCGGGACCCAGUAGAGCGCGCCAGAGAAGCAGAAGUCAUUUUGAAACAGCAAGCAUCGACAAAAGAGGCUAAGGGAGAUGACUCACAGACAAACUCGGAGCAAACAAAGCCUUGGGAUGCGCGACGCUAUGAGGAGCUUGAAAUUGUGCUCUUUGCUCGCGGCGGGUGUCCACACUGCGUUUCAGCAGUGCAGAUGUUGAAGAAACGCGGCCUCAGCAAUUUUGACCUUCAAGAUGUGGAAUGGUCACGGGAGGCAAUGCUAGAGUUUCAACGACUUGGUGGAAGAGGAGUGCCGUUCUUCUACUCCAAAAAGACUGGCAAAAGUAUGGCUGGCUGGAACCCUGGCGCUCAAGACUUGGGAUGGCUGAUCCAUCACCUAGAGUGAACAAUCUGCAAGAUGAAGCAAGUCUUUGUGCGAGAAUCUCUAGGGCAAAGAUCCCAGCUUCGCCCUGCACAAAAGCGGCCAAUUGCGAGAAGAUACCUUGCCUAAA